AUGGAUCCCCCUGGACCCUACAGUCUUCCUUGUUAUGAUGAAACAGAAGCACCAGAUUUUGGGGACUCGUCUCCAGUGCCUGAAGUUCAUGGUCCUGAGGAAAAUUAUUCUUGCUUACAAGUGUCUGCCGCUGAGCUGCUCCGAAAAGAAACUGCCUCUCCUUGUCCUUCCCCUGUGGACCUGCCUCUUCAGGACAGCCCUGAUUCUUCUACUAGUCCCAAGCUAAAGCUUCCCGGUCCUGAGUCUGCAGAGGGCACUGAGAAGAAGAGAGAGGACAAGGUCCAUGGGAAGAAGCAGAAAAUGCGAACUGUGUUCUCUGACACACAGCUGUGUGCACUGAGAAACAGAUUUCAGAGGCAAAAGUACCUCAGCCUCCAGCAGAUGCAAGAGCUCUCUGCGGGUCUGAACCUCAGCUAUAAGCAGGUUAAGACCUGGUUUCAGAACCAAAGAAUGAAAUGUAAGCGAUGGCAGAAAAGCCAAUGGCCUAAGACAAACACCGGUGUGACUCAGAAGGGCUCUGCAUUUGUGGAGUAUUCCAGCCUCCAUUCCGGCUAUCCACAGGGCUUUCUGAACACAUCUGAAAGCCUUCCAAUGUGGGGUAGCCAGACUUGGAGCAACCAGACUUGGACCCACCCAACGUGGAGCAAGCAGGCUUGGAGCAACGAGACCUGGACUAACCCAACUUGGAGCAACCAGGCAUGGACCAAUCCAACUUGGAGCAACCAGCCCUGGUGUCCUCAAGCCUACAAUAGUCAGGCUUGGAACACUCCCUUUGCGGAGGAUUCUCUGCAGCCUUACAUGCAGUGCCCCCAGAACCUCCUUGCCAGUGAUGUGGAGGCGAGUUUGGAAGCUGCUGGGGAAGGCCAUGCAUGUUUUAGCACCCCACAAGGCUUGGAAUUACUCCUGAACUACUCUGCGAAUUUGCCAGGGGAGAUGUGA